UUUGCCUCUUCCUUCCAUUUACGUCUCUAUAAAAUGAACCAACCAAUGAAAUUUCCCUAGCGACCAGCCAUGGGUUUCUUCACUCGCUUUGUUCUCAUCAACCUUGUCAUUUUCCAAUGCUUUUCACUCCUCUGUUUUGCCCAAGAUUUCGACUUCUUCUACUUUGUUCAAAGUUGGCCUGGUUCUUACUGUGACACUGGAAGAAGUUGCUGCCAUCCACAGAGUGGAAAACCAAGUGCUGACUUCAAAAUUCAUGGGCUUUGGCCUAAUUAUAACGAUGGCACUUACCCUUCUAAUUGUGACUCAUCCAACCCCUUCGAUCGAACCAAGAUAUCAGAUUUGAUGGGCAGCAUGCAGAAGAAUUGGCCAUCACUUGCCUGUCCAAGCAGCGACAGCACAAAAUUUUGGGCACAUGAGUGGAACAAACAUGGAACUUGUGCAGAAUCUGUUUUAGACCAACAUGGAUAUUUUGAAACCACUCUCAACCUUAAAAACCAAGCCAACAUCCUCCAAGCUCUUCGAACAGCAGGAAUAAACCCAGAUGGAAGUUACUACAGUUUGAAUAAGAUUAAGAGUGCCAUAGAACAAGGAAUUAAGCUGAGCCCUGGAAUAACUUGCAAUGUGGAUGAAUCAGGCAACAGUCAGUUGUAUGAGAUUUACUUGUGUGUUGAUUCGUCUGCCUCCAACUUCAUUGACUGCCCAAUCUUCCCUGAUGAAAAUUGUGCUUCUUCUGUUGAGUUCCCCGAAUUUUAGGGAUUUGAUCCUCUUUUGUUUGUGUUCUCUCUAGUUGCUUUACAUUUCUGUUUUCUUUGUGAUUUUGACCACAUUUGUUCAUGUUGUUAUUAAAAAUGGUUUCCCCGUUCGAUUUUUCAACCAUGUUUUCUUUUAGUUUUCGUGGAAGAGUCGAAAAUCGGGUGUAAAACUAGCUGGUCAGCCCAUUAAUUCGAUAAAGUUGUCAAAUGUAAACACUUUUAUCAAAUUAUUGAGUGGACUGUGACUCCAUAAUA